UUAGACUGGCCUUGUACAAUAGUAAAUAUAAACGUAUUUAUUAUUAACUUUGAGGAUUAUCGAAUUAAUAUUCUAGACGAGACAAGACGUAAAGCUUUUGGCGGGCGAGAUUUCGCGGUUGUCUAAAGAAAGUCGAAGGGGAAGUUGCGCUGGCGCACUGACUGAACUAUCGAUUUCGCGAAUGGAGUAGGUGGCGCACGCUCGGGACAUUGAUUCGACUGGGUACUUUAAAGGGAUUGGGACGUGGUUAUACGAGAGGAAAGAGGCACCCACCGAGGAUUCGACAGAAUAAUCUCUGAAAAACUUUCGAACAAGAGCAAAGAUUGUUAGUUCUCUUCUAAAGGAGAAGAGAAGGAGGAGAGAGAGAGAGAGAAAGUAAAUUGGCCGGUGAAUUAAAGCCAUGCAGAACUAUGGCCACGAGGAUUACGACUAUGGCGUACAGGAAGGAACAAUUGGACAGGAUGAGCAACAUACGGCAUCCGGAAGGAAUCUUCCUCAGGUGCCAGGAGUCAGGCCCAUGGUCGAUCCUCAAGCUCAGGGUGAGGUCGACCCUACUCUAUAUCCCGAACCCAAGGAAGCCACGCACAAGAUUAGGGGUAAGAGUGACUUCUUAGAAUACCUCUUUGGUUCCGUCGAUCAAGAACUUCUCACGGUCAAGACCUUUUACUUCUUCUUCUAUUCGGCCUUCGGCUCUCUCUUUCCUCUUAUGGGAGUUUAUUUCAAGCAAAUGGGUAUGAAUGCAGCUCAAUGCGGUUUACUUAUUGGAAUCAGACCUCUCAUUGAAUUCCUUAGUGCACCUUUCUGGGGUUCUUUGGCUGACAGAUGGCAAAAAGGUAAGCUGAUUCUGUUAGCUUCUCUUUCCUGUUGGAUUAUUUUUACGCUACCUCUGGGCUUCAUUCAACCUCCUGCUACGAGUUGUAUGGUCAAAGAGAAUUAUACUAGUUUCUUGAAGGCAUCCAGCCCGGGACAGAGGAUCGUUAAGAGAUCGAUUGAUCUGGACGAAUGUUAUCAUGCUCCAACCGAAGAUGAAUACUUGGAAGUCGCGGCAAACGUCGUCUUCGAAAGAUUAAGACGAAACGCCGACGAUAACGAGAUCUUCGAUCGUACAAAAGCAUUCGAUGAUCAAGCUAAGACUGAUGUGAUCGAGCAAAAUGAGAUUAAGAAGAUCAAUGAUAAUAACAACGAGGAAGCUCAUACAAUCUAUGAUCUUGAAAAUAAUCGAGUAAGAAAACGUCGAGCUGCUUCGAACGAAGAGAAUACUUCUUCCGGAGAUCUGAGAUACGAGCAAUUGGUUUUCGAGGACGAUACUAGCGAUCCUAAUGCAAAGAUCAUCGAUUUCGAGGCUUUACAACGAAAAAAUCGUCCCGCUGAUGUGCUCGAAUAUAAACGUUUUCUCAAAAAUGAGCCCCUUGAAGCAGGUAGAGUACCUAAAAAGGCGUAUCAAGGUCGAACAAAGGAAAGAAUGAAGCCACCAAAAGAAAAGAUGAUGGUUCGUCGUGAGAUUCAUCAAGAUCAGGAAAUAUCUCAUGCUAAUUUUGAUAACAACGAGGCUACAUGGUCAAGUAUGAAGAGUCUACGGAAACUGUUGUCUUUGGAGGAAGAAGAGUUCGAAGAGAGAGAAGAGGGAAAAGAUGAGGCAUUCCAGGACGAAACAUUAGUUAGAAACAAACGAAAUGUGCGAAAUUCAGUCGGACAAAGUCCUCUGCCAGUUACCUAUGCCGUUAAUUAUAACGAGAAGGAGAACAAUGGUUGGGUCAAGCCACUUUUCAGUUCCAUCGUAUACAGAUUACCGGAUAUACACAAAACGUUCUUCCUCUUAUUAUUGUUAGUCGUAGUUGGCGAAUUUUUCUCAGCUCCUGCCAUAACACUCGCAGACUCUGCUGUGAUUACUUUACUCGGUGAAGAUGCCGAUAGGUACGGACAUCAACGAAUGUUCGGAAGUUUAGGAUGGGGAUUGGCCAUGUUCUUUGUUGGUAUUGCUCUCGAUCAUAGUACGGCUUUCCCAGAUCAUCCUUGCGAUCCGGAUGCUAGAGAAAAGAAUUAUACGAUUUGCUUCGCCAUCUUUUGCGUUCUUAUGGGUGCUGCGCUUAUAACGGCGUUACAGAUAAAUUUCAAAUAUGACGUCGUUGCUUCUGAACCGGAAGUGGCGAAAGUACCGGCUGAACCAACCAGAGAAGAACAGCUUCAGAGUCAGCUGUCACAACAGUUGAAUCUUCCAGGCCUGCAGGAUUCCUCGGCCGCGGUCAAUCCAAAGCCGUUGCCUCCGGAAGGCCAAACAAAAAUGUUCGCUCAAACGAUACGAGAGAUUCCAGAAUGGGUUACAGUUCUGAAACAAUUUAAAGAUCUCAAAUGUAGUUCUUUCCUUUUCGUCGCUUGGUGGAUGGGUUUCGGUAUCGGACUCAUCUUCACUUUUCUUUUCUGGCAUCUUCAAGAUUACGGUGGUUCACCUACUCUCUUCGGCGUUGCCUCCGUGAUAAAUCAUAUUUCCGAGAUCUUCGCCUAUUUCUUCAGUUUCAAAUUGAUUACACAAAUUGGUCACGUUAAGGUUCUAUGCCUUGGUUUAGCUGGAAACGUAAUACGUUUCCUUUAUAUAUCUUGGCUCGUCAAGCCGUGGUGGGUUUUACCUUUCGAAUUUAUUCAAGGGAUCACUCAUGCCGCAGUUUGGGCAGCCUGUUGUAGUUACAUCGCCCAUAACACGCCGCAACAUUUGCGUUCGAGUGCCCAAGGAGUUCUUCAAGGAUUACAUCAUGGUCUUGGAAGAGGAUGUGGUGCGGUGAUUGGUGGCAUGUUUGUCACUGCUUAUGGUACCACGACGACCUUCCGAGUUUACGGCCUCACCUGCCUUGUUGUUUUAGCGGCCUUCAUUUUCAUCAACUUUUACAGGAAAGAUACAGGCUUUGUUUCUGAUUUACCGCAAACCGAGGAUCCUCAUCAAGUAGCCGAGGUUACGCAUCUAGCGCCUCAUGGUGUACCAAGCAAUGCUAUUCCGAGAGCACUCAGUUCCACUCGGCUCCACGAACUGGCUAAUCAAGAAUCUGGAUAUGGUGCGACCUACCAAACCACUGGCGGUAACUUAGAUGUCCCUGGAGUUAACGGAGGUGCGGUCAACCCAACGAAUCCAUUCCUGAAUGGCGGCGGCGGCGGCGGUGGCGGCGGAUAUAAUUACGGUAUGACCGGCAAAGGAGAGGACGAGUAUAUCCGUAGGAGCUUCAAGGUUUAUAAUGAGGUGGUAGGUAAAGAAUACGAUUUGGCAAAGCCACCUCCAAUAGAGACCCAUCUGCACGCCCAACAACCAUGCACCAAUCCGUUUCAUCAGCACGAUUAUGACUGGUAAUGAGCCAAGUGCAAUUGAUCCUCGAAUAACGUCUUGUUGGAAUCCACCAGUUAGUUGGAUUCAUUCUAAGUCUCGCGCAUCUUUUACACGAACCGAUUAGCUUCGUUGCCGAUGGCUGAAUAUCGAAGAAGAGUUGCUCCUAUUGCAAGAAUGGACGAGUUUCUUCUCCGAGAGACCAAAAAAGAAAAAAAAAGAAAGGAAAAAAGAAUCCGAAAGAGGUACGUGCGAGAGAUCUACGCGCCUUUAACGACGAAAAUCUUUCUUCGAUGAUUCACAACCCGAAGAAAGUCGACGAUUUCAAAGCAUUUGACGCUCCUUUCUUCUUCUUACUUGACAAGUCUGACUUUAAAUAUGACUAUCCUUCAAAUGUCGUCGAAUGCGUUCAAUCUUAAAUUAGACGCUUCUACGAAAGAUCGUCGAGAGAUUCGUUUAAAACGGAUCGUCUUCUUUUCAAGAAAAAUAUUUAAACGUCCAUUUUCGUUCAACGAAAAACUGAAUACAUACCUAAAAAGCAACGACUUCCUUUUCGAUUAUUAGAAAAGAAUUAGAAAGGAACGUUGAAGGAAGGAAGAUGUUCUGUUUGUUCCUUGUAAAUAUUGUUCUCUUAAUGCCGAGCUAUUUCGCUCUCUCCCUUUCUCUUUCUCUCUUUUUCUGUGUCUUCUAUCUCUCUCUCUCUCUCUCUCUCUCUCUCUCUCUCUCUCUCUCUCUCUCUCUCUUUCUCUCUCUUUCUCAUUUGACAAUCCUCUUCUGUUUCUAUUGCCGAAUGCUAUUCGUUAAUUUGUCGAAUAGACCAGUAAAAAUAAUCCUUAUAUUCUAUCGAGUAGUUCCGGUGAUAUGAUAUCAUAAUAACAAUAUAUUUCGUCGUUAUACGUGUAUAACACUGUUGAAAAAAGAGACCGCGAUUAAAGCGAACGUCAAAUGCAUGUUAUUGCAAAUGCAGUUAUGCAGAAGGAUAUUUUACUCGUCAAUCCUUCGAGGCACAAGAAAAAGAAAAGAAAAAGGAAAAGAAAGAAAAAAGAAAAAAAAAGCUAGAGUUAACGUUGUACCUAUUCGACUUGUCGAAAUUAACCCUAAAAUUAAGAUAGCAGUAUAUAUAUAGAUAUAUACAUACAAGUUAUAUAUAUAUACACAUAUACAUACACACACACACACACAUAUAAGGUGUGAGAAAGGAAAGAACGAGAGCAGUUGCCGUAUUUGAAAGAACGAACGCGUUACGACAAUGAUGCAUCUAUUUCUCGAUCGAAUAUUUAAUUAAGAGUAAAACGGGCGAAAUUUUGAAUUAAAACUUAACGACCGGUAAACUCUAUCUCUUUCGAUAUAAAAGCUAUUUUUGUAGGAAAGUAUGAAACCGAUGGCUUCUCUAAUCUUCUCGAUUCGUAUUGCGUCCGUUCUUUAAAUCGAUCGUUCUUCCUCGAUAGGAAGUACCAACGAGUUCGCACCGCGAUCAUUGCCUUAUUGAUAUCACUUCUCAUUGGAAUCCUACGUUUUAAUCAUUUCAAGAUCAUCGCGAUCAAGAUCUUCGUUAUGACUAAAUUUUAUGUAGGGAAUACUUUUAAAUAUAUUUCUAAUCAUUUUUAAUUUUAGAAUAUCGAAAUUUGAUUAUGUUAAUUCAGAAUUGCAACAAAAACAUUUGGUUGCAAUAUAUUUUUUACUUACAACAGCAGUGAUACUCGAUUUCAUAUAGCUAUCGGGUUGAUUAAUAAAUAAAUGCUAUUUUAUUGUAAUAAACUCCUUAAUUAUAUAAUAGUACUUAUAUUUAUGAAUCAACCUGAUAUUUUGCAUUCUAAGUUCGAAUCCCAACGAGAUACGUAAAGCAAUACUUAAGAUACAUAAUGCAAUUUUCUUUUUGCGUAUAGGUAUGUCAUGUAUGAAUGUCUGCGGCAGCCAUAAAUCACAUCUGUAUAGUGAUGGUUGCGUCUCCAUUUGGCCAAAUUCCUCUUACUAUGUAUUAUAUGUUAUCUCUCUGAAUGUAUUAAAGAUACGACCAAUCGAUAACGUCAGUUUUUUAAUCGCUAUAAUUAAAUAUUUAUAAAUAAUGAAAAACAAAAGAUAAUCCGUUAUAAUAAGACAGAUUGAUUAUUUCAGACAAAUAUUAAAUAUAUUUGUUGGGUUGAAUUAUUAUAAAAUAAUAAACAAUUAAUUUUGUUUGUGGGAAUCUUUUAAUUCGGAUCAUUUACAGACUUCGAUAUUUAUAAAUAAUCAUAUCGAUGAGAAAACUGAUGUCAUUCGCUUCUUGUUUGUUUCUAGAUAAUUAAGAAAAGUUUGUAUAUAGGAAAGAUGAAAGUUCUUCCAAGAAAAUCAAACGAGAAACAUAUGCUGAUAAAUGCAUUAAUGAAAGAAGUGUCAACUGAUAUUUCAGAUUGCCCAAAAUAGUAUGGUUAAUCGAAAUACUUCGAAUAUUUCAUUGUUCACUAUAUACAACUUUUAUUAUUACAUAAUGCUCUACGUUUCACUGUAGGAUAAGCAUUCAGGGAUAAUAUAUGGUAUAUAGAAAGAAAAUCUCUUGGGAUACCAUGUCCCGCUUAUAUGAAAUUAUCGUGAAAUUGGUUUAUAACAAUAUUAAUAACGCAUUAAAUCGGCAACGUUCACGUAUCAUAUGCACACCAUCUCGACCAUUAGAUGAUCCAUAGUGAUCUAUUCUCGAUCAUCUUGUAGAUAUUAUAUGGUAAUUCUUAUGUAAAAAUUAGCGAACAUAUCCACUUUACUUGUUCGACGACAUAUUAUAUGUUAACAUACUUUUUUUUUGUCACCUAGUUCAUAUAAUAAGAUUCUUCUAAGAUAAGAAGAUAAAAAAGAAAAAUAUCAUCGUCGUCCUUCGAUUUCGAUCAUCAUAAAUCCUUUUUGAAGAAACGAAUUCUAUCAUAUCGCAUAGCGUCAUAUCAUAUAUAGAUCAAUCAUAUAUAGAUUAAUAGAACAUAUUGAUUGUUGUAAAACUUCGUUUGGUUCAAUAAUAUAUAGUUUAUAUCUAUUUUUUCGUUACCAACGAGGACUCGAGAUAUAGUCACUCGUUAAAAUUUUGCAUUGUUUCGAUUUAACAAGAAAUCAAUAAUUUACCAGACUCAAUAAAAUAUUAAAUGUGAUCAUAUGUUAGCGAUAAAGUAUACAUUCUGUCCGUAAUGAAGUAUAUGUACUGUAAUCUGCGCUCGUAUUCUAAUUGUCCAUAUAGUGGGAGCGUACUCACGGACGACGAUUCAUUCUGCGUAGUAUAAUUCUAAUUUGCGACGUUAUUGUAACGUUUUAUAGGCCUACGAAAAAAAUGGGCUCUGGCUGGGCCGAUAUUUAAAACCUGGGUUUCCCUCGGUGCAUUUCGUGUUUACGAAUUAUUCUCACCACUAAAUUAUCCAAUAACUCAGAGUAUCCAUUAUUUCGUAGCCUAUUUAAGACGAACUUAACCAAAGUUUUAUUUAGUUAUAUUAUACGAAAUUGAAAAAUGAAUUGUAUGUGAUGAUUCUAAAAUUUAAAAUAAGUAAAAAAAGCGCUAUCAUAUCAUAGGCUAUAUAACAAAUUUCAAUAUCAAAAGCUUCUCGAUCGUGCCUCGAUUAUUAUCGCUGCUUACGCAAUCAUCCAUUUCCUGAUCAAUCAUCUACUUUGAAAGAAAAAUGAUGUCUUUCCUAAACGAAAUAUCGUGAAAACGUAACGAAUUCGAAUGUUCUGCCUCUUGGGGAAAGGUGUGUUUCAAAAUAAAAUUGUCUUUAAAAAGUUUA